CGUGAUUCCUGCGUUAUCUUUGGUUGGAGCAAUAAAAUAUUCGGCUGACACGACGCACGUUAAAAGUUGAUAAAUUCAAAAAUCGGCAAACGUGAAAAAGUGUCUUUUAUCCGUUGUUCAUUACCUUGAAGCAUAUUUUUCAUCCAAACGUUCGACCGGUACUCCAUUUUCCGACAAGUGACGCGUUUCCCUCCGGAUUGUCAUAUCUGAAGGCGUCGUUAACUAUUAGCACUGUCGGCAAUCUACUCGUCCCUAUCGUUUCGUGUCGUUUUUGCCGUCGUCAAUACAGUGACGAAACUUGGUACACGAGAACACAACUGUACUCGACGAAGCGAUCUAUCAUCACCGCACAGUUAUGGCCGUCUGCGACGUGUGCGUUCACUUAUCCGACAUCAUGACGCCGCAGUCGUUUUCCAGCCUAGUCACAACGCUCAUAAAGUAUUUGGUAUAUGAAAAGCAACUCAUCCCAUAUCCAUACGACCGUUUGAAGCUGUACGUGAAGAAAUAUAAUGAGCUAAACUUAGAGAAAAAUCAAUGUGAUCAAAAAAUUAAGUACCGACUAGCAUCUGAUAAGUAUUUCAAAAAAGUGUCUGAAGCGAUAAAUUCCCUUGAAACUGUUUUUCAGUGUAUUGAAAAUGAAUUUCAUAAUUGCGAGAAAAACCAUAUUGAGUCUGUUGUAAUACUAAUUGGAUCCAAUGUACUUAAUCCAUUGACUGUAUUUAAAAUAAAUGUUCCAAAAUUAAGUUAUGCCCAUAGUGAAAAACAUCAUUCAUCUAGGCAGCACAUAGAUAAUGUGUUUAAGAAUAUAUUAAAUAAUGACAAGUUCAAUGACAUAUUGACAUCAAAUAUAAUGAUCGAAACAAAUUUAUAUGUAAUGUUCAAAGUAAAAAAAGGUGAGAAAAUGGUUUCUGAUUGGUGUGUACCCAAGGAACAAUUCCGUAGUUUUCGAGGAAAACAAGUAGUUCUAAGAUUUGACCAGCCGCAAGAUGAGGUAAAUUCAAAAAGGUAUGAAACAUGUUGCAUCAAAAAUUGUGUAGAUUUUGAAGUAUUUGUCGAUUUCGAGGAUAACAAGUCAAAUGUACAAACACUAAAUAGUGCAUUCACAAAUAGUGUUGUUGAUUGGUAUUUAGGUAAGUAUCAUAUUACCGGUUUUAAAAAUUAUAAAUAUAAUGGCAUACCAAUAUCAGAUACAUGGUUAAAUCCAAACAUAAUUGAUAGUAUGUUUUCAUAAAUUAAAUAUGCAUUAGUAUGAAGAAUAUAUCUAGGAAAAUUGUUUUGUAUAUUAUUCAAUACCAAGUAAAGUCUAAUUUAUUGAACUGUUUUUUUUUUUUUUAAUAAUUGUUUUUUUCAUUAUGUAUUUACUAUUAUUUACGAAUGACCUAUCCUAUGUAUGUACUAACUGAAAAUUGACCAAUAUAUAUUUUUUUGUCAUUAUGGUGUAAAAAUGUUUUAGA